CUCUUCUUCUUUAAUAAUGUAUUUUUCUAAUAAAUACUUUAGCCUUUUUUAAAAAAAAAUAGAAGGUUAUAUAGUUUUGUUGAAAUUAUGAGGGGUCUCAUUAUUUGACCCAAAUUAAUCCAAUAACCCGUAUACGAUUACAAGCCAUAUCGGGUUUGCAAGCCUGAGGGCUACAUUUACAAACUGCUAUUUGAGACGAAAAGAGAGUCCUUUUGAUCAAAACUCCAAUCUUGAAUGUACAAAAUUCGUAAGCCACUCUCAAGGGUUUUGGGUUUUUAAGCUUUCCAUUCCUCCUAAUUUAUUCCUCUUCUUGGUCGCCUUGCCUGCGCCUAGUUAUCGCCAUUUCUGCUUCUUUCCAGGCUCCACUCAAGGCUUCAAUUUAUUUCGAAGGAAAUCCAAAUUCAUUACAGAGAUGGUGAAUUUAACAGAAGUAAUAUAGUUGAUGUCAGUAUUCAUGUCAGUAGAAGAAAUGAUUAGAAGAGUUAAUUAUAACAAGAGAAAUGGAAAUAAGUUUUCUAUCUCAAGAAUCUUUAAGGCUGCGAAGUCAACAGUAGAAUCUUCAUGGCAAAAUCCAAUGAGUUUCUGAAGAUCUUUCAAUUUGAGGGAGUUCAAUCGAGGGAAGCAAAUUAAUCCUCUGUUUUAGAAUGCUUCUUUGAUCUGCUUCUCCAUUGAUAUUAUCUCCUGCAUGCAUUUGCAUUCACUUACUUCCAAGCAUUUGAGCUGCUGCAAAUAUUUAAUCAUGGAGUCGGAUACCACAUGCUUUAUGUGAGCGCAACCCUCAAUGAUCAAGCUUGUCAAAUUUUGAGUUGAACAAAAUGCUUGGGGAAGCCAUAUUCUUUCAAUGCCAAUUGAGGAUAGUUUCAACUUCUCUAGCUUAGGAAACAAUAUCUGCACAGCAUACUUAUUUACUUACCAAAUCUAAUCUUAUUGAGUGAAAAUUCAAAAAGAGCUCCUUAAUAUGAUAUUUUCAUUAGCUCCAAUAAUACACAAAAUAUUAUAAUAUUUAUAAUAGUUCAUAUAAUUGAGUUUAAACAAAACAUUAUGAAAUUAUAAUAAUUUGUCUAAAUUGACAAUGUCUUGUGUAAUUGAAUAAUAUUUUGCAUAAUUAUAAUAACGCAAAAUAUUACAUAAAUUGUAAUAAUUUGUGUAAUUGAGUAUUGUUUUGCAUGAUUGAGUAAUUUCUGUAAUUAUAGUAGUGUGUUGUGUAAUUAGAGUUGAAGAAAGGCUUAUUUUAAGAAGCUCACCUAGAAUUUCUUCUUAUUAAAUUCGAAUUUUUCAAAUGCUAUAAAAGGAAACCAAAUAUUGUUUUUAGUUUUUAUGAUUGUAAGUUUCCAUAUAACAUAUACAAGAAAUUAUCUAUAUAUAUGUGAGUAUUAAUUGUCAUUCAAUAUAGACAAAAGCUGAAUUUGUAAGAAGGAAAGCAUUACAUGAUACUCUGUUAUUUUUUCUUUGUGGGGGGUAUAAACUCAUUGUGUUCUAUUCAUCUUUGCUUUUUCUGGUUGACUAUUUUCCUAUACGUUAUAUAAAAGCCUUAACUUAAAUUAACAAAAUUGGAAAUGCAUGCACUUGAAGAAGGAAAAAAUAUUAAAUACCUUUUGGUUGAAAAGGGCAGUUUCUGGUGGAGAUAUGAAAGUCGAACCGCUGUUGCUUUAGCAAAAGUUAAUGAGGUUUAGUAAAAGUUAACGAGGUUGAAGAAAUUCGAUUUUGCUAACAACAUUAUUACCUUUAAUGAUAUAUUGGAUCAUCGCACCAUUUUGGAUAUGCAGAUUCUUCAACUGCUGAAAAUAAUUCCAAACUUCUGAUUCAUCUAACAAAAUCUCCACACCUUUCACUUUAUCUAUAUAUACAUUUUCAGCUUUCUUAAAUAAAACUUUGACUCCAGUAUUAAGAAAGCUAAUGCUUGUCUGUAGGCUAAAGCUUUAGUGUUCUGGCGUAUUCACGAACCCAACCCCAAUUCCAAUCCCAAUGCUAUUCUUCUCCAAUGAAAAUAAUGUAUCUUUGCAACUUUUCAAAGGAGAAGUCUUUGGGUAUAAAUUGGCAUUAGCGAUAUGAUUAAUAGGGAUAUAUUUAAAUGUAGAGAAAGCCAUGGUAGAAAGGAUUUCUUUUUCUUUUUUUUUGUUGAGUAAAAAGGUUCUUUUAUACUUGAGAAUAAACAAAAGACUAUUGCUGUUAGAAGAACGUAGUAAUAAACUAUGUUGUUUUUGUUAUAAUUGUUUCCACCGAUUUGCCUUUGGGAAAUUAAUAUUGUUUAAAUAUUCAUUUGGCUUCGUAAUAUUGAACUUUGAUUCUGUUUACCUACCAAACCAGCUAUGGUCAACAUGGUAUAUUUGCAUUCUUUUUGAGUAUCAUCAUAUAUUUUUAUUUCCCUUACCUUUGUGCUUUGCGAUGUGCAAACGUAGUGAAUUCAUGUUUGUGUUUAUAUGCAUAAGUUGAUUAACUUUUAUCUAUGAUAGCAUACAAGAACAUUCAUGAUUUGCUUCUAUUAAAUUAAUAAACUCUAGACUUUUACUUUUUAUCUAAUCAAACCGUAUUCAUUUUUUCCUUCAUUUUCACAGUUCAAAAAUGGCUUCCCUCCUUAAGGCCUCGUCCAACGUACUUCGGUCCGAGAAGUUACCUUUCUUGUCCAGAAGCAAGACAAGACAAGGUGUUGUUCCAAAGAAAGUAACAUUUCGUUUGGUUCCUAUCGCAUUAUGCUUGUCUACGUCGAUUGGAACUGUUGAACAUGACCUGAGAUCUAAUUCUCCAGACAUUGCCAUCCCAAUCAUGGUAAAUGGUUGUACUGGAAAAAUGGGAAAGUCUGUUAUCCAAGCAGCAGAUUCUGCUGGCCUUUUCGUUGUUCCUGUGUCUUUUGAUGCAGAGAAGAAGUCUGGACAGACUGUUGACGUGUGCGGGAAAAAGAUUCUUGUGCAUGGUCUGUCUGAUAGAGAAAGCAUCCUUGCUUCUGUCUUUCAGGAGUAUCCAAGCCUGAUCGUGGUAGACUACACCGUGCCUGCCACAAUUAAUGAUAAUGCUGAGCUCUAUGGCAAAGUUGGAGUACCUUUUGUUAUGGGCACCACUGGUGGAGACAGGGAUCAACUCUAUAAGACUGUUGAAGAGUCAAAGGUUUAUGCUGUGAUCUCGCCACAAAUGGGGAAACAGGUUGUUGCAUUUCUUGCAGCGAUGGAGAUCAUGGCUGAGCAGUUUCCUGGAGCCUUCUCUGGAUAUUCCCUCCAGGUGAUGGAGUCCCAUCAAGCAGGCAAAUUGGACACUUCUGGUACUGCUAAGGCUAUUAUUUCUUGCUUUCAGAAAUUGGGGGUGUCAUUUGACAUGGAUCAGAUACAAAUGAUCCGGGAUCCCAAGCAGCAGAUUGAAAUGGUGGGAGUACCAGAAGAGCAUCUGUCUGGUCAUGCCUUUCAUUUGUAUCAUCUAACAUCACCUGAUCAAACAGUGUCGUUUGAGUUUCAGCAUAAUGUUUGUGGCAGAUCGAUAUACGCGGAGGGAACUGUUGAUGCUAUACUUUUCCUUGCUAAGAAGGUUAAGUCGAAGGCAGACAAGCGUUUAUAUAAUAUGAUUGACGUAUUGCGAGAAGGUAACAUGAGAUAAAAGAUGUUUCUUAUGCAUUUGUUGGAAUGUAUUAUUUCACAGCUCAAGAUAUCUAGAGGACAUAAACGCAAUUUUGAUUUCAAUGGUAUGAGCGACUGCUGUUCUUUGCACGGUAAAUAUUAUUGUAGCUUUCAGGUUCACUGAUUCAGUCGAAUAGUCAUAUUAUUCAAUUAAAUAAUAAAAAUAGUAAUUAGUUAAUUAAAAUAUGGUUUUAAAAGAUAAAUUUAAGAUAAAUUUUAUUAAAAUAAAAUAAACUUGAUUAUUUUAUUAAUUUUAAAAUUUAUUCUUUUAAUGUGUUCGAAUGACUAGUUUUCAAUAUCAAUCUAAUUAAAUGAUGUGUAAGAUUUAAAUCAAACAAAUAAUCAGAUAAAAUAUAUAUAUAUAAAAUAAGUAAUAUUGGAAAGGUGCGUAGACUGAUUCUUUUGUUGAAAUUAGGAAUAUUUUUAAACUAACUUAUUCAAGAAAAAAUUCCCCCCUUGGAACAACAAUUUUAAGUCGGGGUAAAGAACUGUCUGGCAAAACAGCAUAGAACAAGCAUAUGGUCUGUAUUUUUAUUAGUCAUGAUUAUGUUUACGUAAUUAUGAGUAAAAAAAAAUUGAUAUGUUGAAUAUUUAUGAUUAUCGUAGAAUAUACAUACAGUAUUGCAGCAAUUGGUAAUUUGUCAACACUAUAUAUAGGUUGGGAACUUUAGGACUGAUUUUUGGAAAACCAGGGGAAGUCAUAACUCGCUUUGGACUUUGAAUGAAUAGGAUUAACCACAUUUUGCAGCUAGCAUGGGGUCUUCUCUUUUAGGCUAUUUUUUAAACCCAGCAGUUUUUCUUGUUCAAGUAACCUGUUUUUAGUUCAAUUUUCCAACUUUCCAGAAAGAAGAUGAAAGGCAGCUUAUCUUGAGUAGGAAUUCUUACAUAGUUCUUGGAGCCAUCCAAGUUACUCCAGAUGUUAAUGGAGGUUCCAUGGAAAAUUUGUCUGGACGAGCUUUGUAUAAGAAACCAUUUCGGCUUUGGAAAGGCAACCACACCACCAUUGCUUCUUUCAAUACGAGUUCGUCCUCAAUAUCCUCAACCAAACCUCUUGUAGUGGCGAAGGCGUUGCCUUUUUAAUAAACGACAAUUCCAGCCUACCAGAUAGCAGCGUGGCUGGGGAUGGUAAAUGCGAACACAAAUGGUUCUUCUCAAGCCAGUGUGGCGGUGGAAUUUGACACCAGGAAGAGUGAUGAGCUAGACAUGGAGGGCAACCAUAUUGGGUUAAAUAUAAACAGAAUCCAGUCAACCAAGCAAGUUUCUUUAAGCAACUACGAUGUUAACAUUUCAGCCGGAGGUCAGGAUUUAAGGGUGCAUCUGUGUUAUGACGGCUGAAACCUGUCAGUUUUCAUUGGGGACAGCCAGACACUUGUGCUUUCUUAGCCUGUAGAUCUCUCUACUUAUCUUCCGCAGGAGGUUUUCAUGGGAUUCUUUGGUUCAACAAGCAAUGAAACUGAGCUCAACUGUGUGAAAUCGUGGGCGUUUUCUGAUACUGAUAUAGGAGGAAAUGGCAAUCAACUGUGGGUUUGGAUCAUGGUUCCAGUGGCAAGUGUGGGUAUAUUAGUUGGGGUUGCCAUUUGCUUGUGCUUGAGGAGGCUAUACAAAGAGGAAGAUUUAGUGGAUCAAGGUGCUCAACUUCAAGGGAACAUAGAACAUGAGAUUAAAUGGUAGCAAUUAAAUUCAUUAAGAUAGGUUUUGUUAUUUUUAAAAUUUGAUGCGGUAAAUAUAUUAUAGCAUGUGUAAUACUAUGUCAGCUUGUUAUUUCUACAUAUUAUUAUAAAAAUCAAUCAAUAGAUUUAACUA